CAACUGGAUGGCAGGAUUAGGUUUUGCUUCUAAAUAAUUCCUCUUCUAGCGAUCCUUUUCGAUUGUGCUGCCUUAAUAAUGGCCUUUUGGAGUGGUGAUGUUUCUGAUUCUGGAGCAACCCAACUGAUCAUCUUGCUUACUCAAGAGAAGACAUGCCAUAUAUAAAGAGAAAGAGUUUACCAAAGCAUCUAAAGACUUCACCCUGCUAGAUCUGAUGAUAUAAGGGAAUCAGAUACACAAAUUGAGACAAACUUCUAAACAGAGGCUUAAUAUCACCACUCAGUCGACCAGAAUGCAUCUAAACCAAUAAACAAAAAAAAAUUCAUGAAGUCUAACGGAGAAUCAUUUGCGCUCAGUUUUAAAUGGACUAAACAUUAACUUUUCACUUUAAACGAACAUGUUCCUGUUAAGGAUCAUUUUGUUUAUUGCUGCUAUAUUGGCUCUGAACUUAAAACUGAGUUUCUGCACCUGUGCUCGUGCUGAUUAUGAGAUACAUGGAGAAUGUUGUCCUAUGUGUGCUCCUGGAAACUUUGUUUAUUGGCGUUGCUCUGUGGAUACCAGUACAACUUGUGUUCCAUGUCCUGAAUCAUCUUAUACAGACGAGCCCAAUGGUCUUAUGAAAUGCUUUACCUGCUCUAUGUGUGAUGCAGUUAAAGGACUAAGAGUAAAGAAGGCUUGCACACGCACUGCAGAUACAAUCUGUGAGCCACAGGAGGGAUUUUACUGCACUAAACAAAAUAAGCACAGCUGUACAUUAGCUGAGAAACACACAAAAUGUAACCCUGGGCAAUAUAUUAAACAAACAGGAACAGCAUUUACUGACACUAUAUGUGCUAACUGUACAGACGGCACUUACUCAAAUGGCUCUUUAAUGGCUUGUCAACCACAUUCAAAAUGUGACAUUAAGGGGCUUACAGAAAUAAAAGCACGAACAAAGUCAUCCGAUGUUGUAUGUGGGGAAUCUACUCCAGUUGCUCUUAUAGUUGUAGUUGGAGUCGUUUUAUGUCCUUUGAUGGUUGCUGUUACAGCUUUAUUAUUAUACUACUUCAAAGUAAGACGGAAACAACUAGACAGAAGUAAGAACUAAGUUCUUAAAGUCCCCCUGUAGUCGAUAAAUGUAUUCUUUAAAACGCUGGUUACGAAUGUAACCGUGGUUCUACGAAUAGUAGAAGACUGCCAGAGGCAUGAACAGAGUGUAAAAUCUUUGCUUACGAGAACUUUUUAGAGAGCCAUGAUUACAUUCGUAACCAGCAUUCUUUUUCAUACCUCCAGACCGCCAGAGGCGUAAACAGGGUGGAAGACUCAUACCAUCAAGUCAUGAGGAAUAAUAAUAAUAAAGACUAAACAUCUUUAUUAACAAAGUGCACAGGCACAAAACAAUCGACACACUACACCACACUGGGUAGCACAGCAGAAGAAACAGGUGGGAGCGAGACCACUUUCAGUCUGUAAAAACAUGAGAAAGUGCACGCCGAAGACCAAGUCGCCGCGUAGCAAAUAUCUGCGAUAAAGACCCCUUUCAAUGCGGCCCAAGAAGUUGCAACGCGGUUUACCAGCAGCACCAUAAGCGCAGCCUCAGAGACCCAGUGGACCAGUCUUUGUUUAGACAGGUUUGUGCCCUUUGGACAUGCCCCAAAGCGGACGAAUAACUGAUCUGUCGUGCGCCACUUAGCCGUCACAUCAACACAGCUUCGCAAGACGCAUACCCGGCAUAGCACCCGGCGAGGGCUGUCUGUAGUCCGAAACGCUGCCAGGGACAACGGCAAUGGCAGGGUUAGGCAAAAAGGCAGGGUUAGGCCACAGGGUGACCUGUUCAUUGUCAGGGCCACACCUCAUACACUGAGUACUUACAGAGAGGGCAUGGAUAUGGCACUUUCGUAGGUACGGUUCCCACAGACCGUUCACCCACUGAUCUUGCCAUACGCCCCCGAGAGGGAGGCGUCCGUCGUGAUCACCUCUCUGCGUGAUGGGGGAGGCCCCAUUUGCACACCCAACCGUAGAAAAUCGUCAUGCCACCAACAGGUGACGGAAAGGAGACAGCUCCCCGAGACCCGUACAAGGGUUCGCCGAUUGCGAACCGCAGACAGGCGAAGUGCAAUUAGCCACCGCUGAAAGGGACACAAGUGAAGUAGACCCAGUUUUAAAAAAACAAAUGUAAGGCAUUCUGUGCCCCAUGAGGACAUCUCGUAGCGCGCGAUGAAUCACUUCUCUCCUGACAUCGGUGAGGGAGGCACGCAUUGUUCAUGAGUCCAGGUGCAUACACCGUAAAAUUCCAAACUGGCUUACCUGUUCGACAACUCAGCCGAAGUGACAGUAAAAUCCGACAGUAAUGUUUAACAUGCGAGGGGACCCUGGAAACCAACAGGUACCAAAUCCAAUAUUAAUGCAACCAAUCUUGGAACAGCUAAGUGGGGAGAAAUUGCCAAGCCCAAGUAAGCUGCACAGCAGAACGAAGUUCUCACCAAGCGGGAAUGAAAAAGAGAAAGAUCAUGACGUUGUGAUAUGCUUUAUAUUAGACUAUUAGACAUCAUGAGGUCAUGAGAAGACAACUAAUUAAUAAGUUCUUGUAGCCAAUGUGCAAACAUAUUUCCAGUCUGUUUACGCCUCUGGCGGUCUGAAGGUAUGAAAUAGAAGUCAUUUUGAAUUUUGAUCAUCAGAAUGACUUUUAAACAAACCUGAUCUCACGAAUUUCCGUGGCAUAGUCACAGAAUUUUUUGCCAAUUUUUCCGUGGCAUUCUCACGGAUCUCCGCAUAUUUCCAUGGCCCUGCCACGGACUUUCUUUUCCGUGGCAUUGUCACGGAUUGGUUACUCAACUCUUUUGUCCUAUUUUCUUACCAUUGUCGCUUCGGUUUAGGGUUAGAUUUACAUAAAAUGACAUCCCUACCCAAACUCUAACCCCAACGCCAGGCGACAAUUGAUUAAAGUUUAGAAAUUAUAAAAGAAUACAUCAGGAAAAAAUAGUAUAAACCAAUACUUAAACAGGGUUUCCACGGGGUUGUAAAAGGUAGUAAAAGGUAGUAAAUUAAAUUAUGCCAAAUUAAGGCCAGUAAAAAGUAGUAAAAAGUAGUAAGCGUCAUCUGACGAGGUAGUAAAUUUCGAUUGCCUUUUGUAAUGUUAUGAUGCCUGGAAAUUAGUUCAAAUCACCUGCAUAUCUGGGCAAAUAAUCAAAGAUCUUUCGUCUCUGGGAUGUGAUCAAAGCCUGGAGUGGAGCCAAAUCACGUUCCUCUCUCCGCUGUAAGCGUUCUGUAAUCACUACGGACCGGAUCCACUCCGGGUUUUCUGACUGUAUCACGUUAAGCUGAGGUAAAACUUUUUCAGCUAGCAUGGUCAAACUUAUAAUGCAGGAAGGCUCCGAUGUUUUGAAGAUCGAUAAAGGUGUAAAAGACGAUUGACUUGGCUUAGCGAAAUGAUGAAGAUUGGCAAGCCUUUCAUUUGCGUGGGCUAAGAAAACCAAACAGGUAAUUGCGUGUCUUUGCACAGUAUGACUAACGUAAGAGGUCCUGUAUUUUGGGGGUAAAUGAUUUCUCACGUUACUGAUCAUCCGCGGCACGCUUUUUAAUGCUAUGCCGAUAUAGCCAGUGGCUGGUACAACGGAUUUGUUUAACUCAUGGGUAAACUUCAUGUGGCGCCACAACAACCAAAAGGCAGAUGACAUCCAAAUCCCUUGAGAGCGAUUGACGAGGAAUCAUAAGAGGAGACUGCUUCCGAAACGCUCUCGCGGGACUUUGAUGUCAUCCACCUGUCGGUUCUUGCAGUUGCAUUUACGUGUGGUCACAAAAACGUAACAUUUGUACAUAUAUUUAAGCACAACCGUUUAAAAACAAGUGAUUUUAAGCCAUUCAAACACAAACAACAGUGCGUCCGCAGUUUCUGUGUCAGAAGAGCAUGCAAGCCGCGCAUUCGUUUCUCAUUGAGCUUGUGUUGUACGUAUUUUUGCCGCUUUAUUGGCCUUAAAUAACAAAUAUGCCUCAAAAAUCCCGUCUUUGCAAAUAUCCUCAUAUAAACACAACCAUUUAGGUCUUAGGAGAAAGUAAACAGCAGAAACAUUGCGCAUAAACUAGCACAUCAGCGCUGCCUCUAUUGUAACAUAAUAAUUUGUUGAGAAAUGUACAGUCAUUCAAUUAACAACUGUCACUAUGGUUACAGACAUCCUGUGCGAAUUCUACACGAGUUUGACUCGAGUAACUCGUUCAGGGUUUAUAUUCAUACAUAACGUUACUGUAUUAGAGCUGUGACUGUAAACUGUUGUGUGAA